ACAAAUUACUUGAAAAAAAAUAAAUGUAAAAACUUAUUUAAUUUUAAUUUAUUAUUGUAUAUUUAAACAAGUUCAGUAUCAACAAUGUCUCGUAGUUUUAAUAAUCAACAACAAUUAGCUGCAAAUACUCAUGAUGUUCUACAACGUACUGGAUCAAGUUUACAACGUUCCAAUCAAAUUGCCUAUGAAUCUGAACAAAUAGGAACUGAAGUCCUUUCCGAAUUGAGCGAACAGCGUGAGUCGCUUUUGCGUUCGACGCGUCGUCUUGAAAAUGCCGAUGAUGAUCUCUCCCAGUCGCGUAGUAUUAUUCGUAAGCUUCAACGUGAGGUUUUAUACAACAAACUUAUUUUAAUUUUAAUAAUAAUAUUUGAAUUAGCUAUACUUGUAGGCAUUGUUAUGAUUAAGUUUAUUAAAUUUUAAUACUUUAUAUUAAAAACGUUUUAAAAAAAAUUUAA